UGCCAAACAUCAUACUUUGUCUUGUGUUAGUCAAACUCUCUAUAGUUUUCGUCUUAAAUCAUUAAUAUAAAGCAAUUUCAGUAAAAUCGUUUAAUUGUUCUGCAGAACCAAAGCAGCAUUAACCGAAAAUAAUAAUAGUAAAAAAAUUCUUAAGUUAGAGUAAUUUGAAAGCAGAAAGUUUCUUUUACAAUUUACGUACAGCCGUACACGUAUACAUACAAAGCGCUUGUUACGAUUCCAAUUCGAGCAAUAAACCAAAAUUCGAAAUGGCUCAAAACGCCGAUCAAUCUAUUCGCGCCAAAAAGCGAAAGGGAAGUCUAUACGAAAUUCAUUUGCGUGAAAAGGCUUGUGAUGCUCUCUACUUGGAUGCCAAAAGGUCGGAUGUCAAUUUUUUGUUUUUCGAAAAGAAAAAUAAUCGCAGAAGUGCGAGAAAAUUAAUUGAAAAAGUGCCAGCUCACAAAAUAAUUUUGGCUGCGGCAAGUCCAGUAUUUGAUGCUGAAUUUUUCGGCUCAAUCAAGGAAAAUGGUGACGUGGAAAUCGUUGAUUCAUCGCCAGAGGCGUUUAAGGAAUUUUUGCAGUGUUUUUACCUCGGCACUGUUACAUUCACAAUGAAAAACAUUCCGGAAAUCAUGAACUUGGCCAACAAAUACGAUGUUCCCGACUGCAUGAACGCAUGUACCAAAUUUGUGAAUGACAACUUGACAUCGAAAGAUAUUUGCUGGGUCUAUGACUUGGCCAUACUGCACGAGCAUCAAGAAUUGAAGAAAUUCUGCGAUGAAUUCAUCACUACGAAUGCUGACACAGUGCUGAAAUCGAAUGAAUUUCUCACUUGCAGUAAAAAAAUGUUACGUGAAAUUCUGAAAUUAGACCUUCUUUGCAAAGAAUCUAUCGUAUUUGAUCGUUGUUUGGCUUGGGCGAAGAAUGCAUGCCAACAAAACGGCAUGGACGAAAAUGUUGCAUCGAAUUUGCGCGACCAACUGGACUUUUGUUUGUUUUUGUUUCGAUUCGGUUCGAUGACCAUUCAAGAAUUUUCGCUAGCCACACUCGGGUGCGAAGGGAUAUUUACGGUUGGUGAAAUGGAUGAUAUAGUAAGCUCGAUAUCGUUGAAGGGAUUUGUGUCGAAGAAAUUCAAUCAAAAUCCGCGACUUUGCUGGGACCAAAGCAAAGUUUGGAUGUGUGAAACCACCAAAUCGGGUAAAACAUCGCCAAUUCAAAGCCGUGAAAUUGUUUUCAUUACAUCAAAUAGAACUGCGUUGCUUGGGGGAAUAUUUUUUUGGAGCAUACAACAUAUGGGUAGCUAUGGCUAUAUAUUGAAUGCCAAAGUCAGCAUUGUGGAGAUUCAAGGCCAAUCAUUUGCUACUGGAACCGGGAAAAUUCUUUAUGAAGAGACAUCAAACAUUCCAUUCAGAGUACGAAAUUACUUGAAGCUAUCGACUCCAAUCAUCAUCAAGCCGACCAAUACAUAUAAAUUUUGUUUGGAAGUUACAAAUCAAACCGGAAACCAGAUUUCUUUCUGUUACCGCCUUGGGGAAGUCAAGUCGAGCAAUGGACUCAUAAUUACAUUCCACAAUGUUGGCGGUCGCGGUCAUAUGAUUUCAGGCUUGGAUCUAAUCGAAUAGAAGUUGGACUGUUGGAGAUUUGAUUAAGUUGAUUUCCAUUACGACCAAAAUACAACAACAUUUUCUUUCAUACUAUUCUUUUAAUUUCUAGACAGCUUUCUAUUCAAUUUUGUAUCAAACAAAAAGUUCUGUCAUUUUUUAUCAUUUUUCAAAAUAAGUGGUGAACAAAGUUUUGUUCAGUCGAAAAUCACUUUUAAAUAGGCGCUCAGAAAGCUACUUUUCUUUCAUGGAUAGAAUUAUUACUAAAUUUUGCACAAAGCCCAAAUUCACAGAAAAAAACUUAUAAACAUCAUCAAUUCAUAAGAAAAGUAUCAAUUUUCUUGCAUUUUCAUUGUACAUUGAACAAUGAUUUUAGAACAUAAGCUCAACAAGAAUCUAUCGAUGAAAUGCUUCAGGA